GGUUCGAGAAACAAACGAAUCAGAUCUCCCUUCAAUCCAAAGGUUAACAAUAGAAUACUCAUGAUAUGAACCGUGAUUGGGUGAAGUCUUCAAAUCGGAUCGCUCCGGCAUAUGUGGCUGGCAUCAAAGAAUUCAUAAAUGUUGCUAAACAGAGUUUAGAUCGUAAGGGAUUGACAAUAUGUCCUUGCCGUAAUUGCCUUAAUUCAAGGAGUCAUUCUAUUGAUGUCAUCAGAGCACAUUUGAUAACUAAAGGAAUUGAUACGUCAUAUGUACGGUGGGUGUAUCACGGUGAAGAAGAAUCUGAUGAUGAAGGUGCGGGUAAUGAAGAGUUUGAAAAUGAUGAAUUUGAUGGGUUGAGAGCAGGGCU